AUGUUUGCUUUCAAGAAGGUUCAACAGAUAAAGGAUUCAAAUGAUGGAUGGAAGAAUGACGCUUGUGUUGUUGAUAAUGAAGAUUGUUUUGUUGAAUUGAAAGAAGAUGGAAAUUAUGGAAAUACUAUUGUUGGUAAUAAUGAGAAAGUGAAGAUUGAAGGCAUUGGUAGCAUUCGUCUCAAACUUCACAAUGGUGUCGUCAAUAAUCUUUGUCAUGGGAGGUAUUUAUGCGCCAACCAGUUAGAGGAGUUGAAACAAGAAGCUAAAGAGUUACUUGCAUCCACCCUAGAACCUCGCGAUAGAUUAAGGAUGAUUGACUCAAUGCAGCGGCUGGGAGUGGCUUACCAUUUUGAAGAAGAGAUAGAAGAGGCCAUUAAUCUUCUAAGACAAGAUGUUGCUGGGGAUCUGGCACUGCAGUUUAGACUUUUGCGAGAACAUGGUCACCCAAUUAGGAUAGAUGUGUUUGAUAAAUUCAGAAAAAAAGAAGGGAGAUUCAGUAACACUGACAACUCAGUUGAGGACACAGAAGGGCUUUUGAGUUUAUAUGAAGCUUCGUUCCUUGGAUAUCAAGAAGAAGAUGUUCUAGAGGAAGCCAAAGAUUUUAGCACCAAAUGUCUAAACAGUUCAUUAGGGAAGUUGGAGAAAACGGUCCUAGCCGAGCAAGUGCAACAAUCUCUAGAAAUACCCUUACAUUGGAGGAUGCCAAGGGUUGAGGCUCGAAAUUUCAUCAAUUUUUACUCAAUAUAUGAUCAAAAUAUUUCGGUUCUGCUGGAGCUGGCCAAGUUGGAUUACAAUUUAGUACAAUCCAUAUAUCAGCAAGAACUUAAAGAGUUGUCUAGGUGGUGGAGCGUUGGUUUUAAAGAGAAAUUAAGCUUUUCAAGGGACAGAUUGAUAGAAAACUAUUUAUGGACAAUGGGCAUCAUUUUCGAAACCCAGUUUUCUAAAUGCAGGAUAGGUUUUACCAAAUUUGUAUGCAUAUUAUCAGCAAUUCAUGACAUGUUUGAUAUAUAUGCAUCGCUAGAUGGGCUUGAACUCUUUAUAGAUGCUGUGAAAAGGUGGGAUAUCAAGGCCGUAGAGGACUUUCCAUACUAUAUGCAAAUUUGUUAUUUUGCCAUGUUUAACUUUGCUAAUGACUUAGCAUACCAUAUCCUACAGCAUCAUGGUCUAAAUACUCUGUCCUACAUUAAGAAAGAGUGGGAAAAUCUUUGCACAUCAUAUUUGGUAGAAGCACGAUAGUUUAGCAGAGGGUACAUGCCGAGUCUGGAUGAAUUCUAGGAAAAUGCAUGGACAUCAAUUGGUGGUCCACCAGCAAUUGGCCAUGCCCAUUUACUGCAAUUACAAGGCGGCGACUUAAAAAAGAGUACUCUCAACUGCCUCAAGGGUGGCUAUGCGCUGAUAUAUUGGUCAUCACUCAUUACUUGUCUUAGCAAUGAUCUGGGAACUUCACCGGCUGAGAUUAAGAGAGGAGAUGUAGCAAAAUCUAUACAGUGCUAUAUGAUUGAAAAAGGCAUACCAGAAGAGGAAGCAAGAGAGAGGAUAAAAGGUUUAAUAGGCUACUCUUGGAAAAUGCUGAAUGAGAACAGAAAUGCUAAAAGUAACGUCCCAAAAUCCAUGGCUAAAAUGUGCUUAAACAUGGCAAGAACCUCACAAUGCAUCUUCCAGCAUGGAGAUGGCGAUGGGAUGGGGACAUCAAUUGGGGUGACUAAAGAUAUUUUGAUCUCAUUGAUACUCAAACCGAUCCCGAUUUAA